AUGCCGUCUGAUUUCGAUCCGAUCGAUGAUCCUUACUGGGAAGACGCCGACGUGGGUUAUGAUACUUGCAAGGCGGAAGAGAUCAUGGAUAGCAAUAACGACAAGCUCAAUAACAGGAGCGCAGAACCCAGCUCUACAAAUGAAAAGGAGGAGGCUGGUGACGGGACACUAGCCGGCCAAGCGGGUUCGACGUCAAAGUCCGAAUACACCAAGCCUUGGACAGGAGGAACGGAAGAUUUCAUGACCUCUCGGAAUGAAAUUGAUCGGAUAUCGGUAUCGGAGGGAUACAGGAAGAUGGCAGAUAAUAUGAGGAAGGUAGCGGGGAAGGAUGGCGGUGAUGGUGGUAAAAAGAAGUAA